UUUGCUAGACUGAAGAAAAAGUUUAAAUCACCCAAAUAACGGAUACAACACGUACAAAGUGAAAUACAUGUACUACUUAAGAGGUGCGCAUGUAUUAAAGACACUGUUAAACGCACGUUUUCCUGUUGUUGCGCCCUUCAUGGUUUGCUGAACUAUGCAAAAUGAAGAUUAAUCUCAUCUGCGUGGACUGUGUGGAGCGUUGUUGUAAAACUAAGGGUAGACUUGCACGCACGUGUCUUCUCUUAAACAAUUCCUGCACUGUAAGGAAACUGGACAAAUGUGCAUACAUGGAUGUUGCUUCCGUCUGGACACACUGAUUAAAGGAAGAAUAAAUACGCUAAUAGAUACCGAAGUUGAGGAAGACUAUUUUUUUCAAGGAGGAACAGAAUUACCUUAUAUAUAGUCACGGAUCCCAGUUUGUCGUUAGUGUGUUCAUUGUGCGUUUUUCGCACGGUCCAAUUCAAGACAUAUACAGUAUGUGUAAAAAGUAGCUUCACACCAGUGUUCGUCGGAGAUGCUACUCGAACUUAUCGCUACAUGCUGCUUUGCUUCAUUCUUCUCGUUUCUUACUUUUAUACUCUGGUCCCUAUUGUUUCAAAAAGGGCACCGUGUGCCUUGCAUACCACGCAGAUGGCCUAUCGUUGGUAAUGCCCUCCAGGUACCCAUGAGACAUUGUCAUCUUGUCUUUACAGAGUGGGCAAAGCAUUAUGGGGCUAUUUUCGAAGUGAAACUGUUUAACGAGAAGAUAGUAGUGUUAAAUGAUUAUAAAAGUAUCCACGAGGCUUUGGUGCUGGCGGGAACAACCUUCGCUGGUCGACCAAAGAUGCAUCGCACAGAACAAAGAGACAGAUGUAGCAACUCUAUCGUAUGGCAAACAUACACCCCGAAGCUGAUGUUUUUACGAAAAGAAGUACAUAGAUCUUUAAAGAUGUAUGGACCAAGACUUCUCAUUCUGGAAGAUAUUUGCAGACCAGAAUUGAUGUCUUUGGUGGAUCGGAUCCAAGCUUUGGAUGGGGAAAAUUUCGACCCAAGUUGCAAUUUCUUCGAAUCUGUCUGCAACGUAAUGUUAAGCUUCCUCAUAGGAAUAAGAUUUGAACCUACGGGACCAGAGAUUGAAACAAUCUUAGAAAUGAGCCAGAUGUUUAAUGAGAUAUAUGGCUCGGGAGAAGGAAAGCGUCUUGAUAUUAUACCGUGGCUUAAGUUCGGACAGAGUAGAGAGACAAUGCAGUUAGAAAAAGCUCUUGGCAUUAGAGAUCGGUUGUGGAAAUCUCUUAAGGAACAGCACGGAAUGUUUUCAGAAGAAAGUGUUAUUGGUCACAUGCAAAGUCUAAUGGAUGGAAUUUCCAAUCUAGAUGAUGAUACAAUUAAAGAAUGUUUUACUAAUUUGAUUUUAGCAGGAGUGGACACAACAGCCACGGCCUUGACCUGUUUAAUUCUGACCCUCCUCCACAAUCAAGAGAUCCAGACAAAGAUUCAGGAAGAAAUCGACAGCGUUUUUCCGGAUGGAGUGUUCCCUUCGCUGUCUGGUCGCCCACAAACACCAUACACGGAAGCCGUGAUCUUAGAACUCCUGCGCUUCAUAUCUCAUGUCCCCCUGGCGGUGCCUCAUUCCACUCUAAAGAAUGCUUCUAUAGGUGGAUAUCAUAUAGACUCCGAUUCAACGGUAUAUAUGAAUCUGUGGGCAUUACACCAUGAUGAAAAUAUAUGGUCAAAACCGUGGAAGUUCGAUCCCUCUCGAUUCCUUGACGACAGUGGUGCCAUCCACAGCGCACAGCAUCCCAGUCGGAAAAAGUUGCUCAUAUUUGGUGCUGGCAGACGAGUCUGUUUAGGAGAAACCUUUGCCAAAAACCGUCUGUAUUUAUUUGUGGCCGUGCUGCUUCAGCAUUUUACAUUUGUGUCAAGCAAUUCCGAGCAGCUUCCAGAAGCUGAUCCUCGCUCUUACGACCUAGGACUUGUUCUACACCCUCAACCAUUCACAGUUGGUGCAAUCAGUCGUCUGCAAAAGUUGUAUGCCUAACGACAAGUCAUUCAAGUCUUGUUACAAGUGUAAAAGGAUAUCUUCCCAUUUCACAUCAUUUUCAAUUUACAGUAUUAUCCACUUUACAAACUUCCUUAGAUACUUUCUAGUAUUUUUUAUUACAUGCAUUUAUCAAAAAUAAAUAUCUUUGUAUUUCAUUUAAGCCAUAUUAUGCCAUAUAAAUCAGCAAACAUUCGAACUGCUUUUUAAAUUGACUUUUGUCAUAGUUUUUAAAUUGACUUUUGUCAUAGUUUUUCUUCGAAAUGCUUCUUGAUGUGCAUGUGCACACACACAAAGUUAAAAAAAAGACUUUGUUAUUCAACUUUACAUUUAUUUUAAUAGCAGCAGAUAAAACAUUUCCAUUAACAACUAGUGUAACAGUGGUGGUACACAAUAAAUAAAACUUGAAUCAUGUCAA